AUGGCUCCGACGAAGAAAGGAAAGAAGACAAAUUCAGCCGCAUCAACGGCGGCUAAACCUACCGCCGAUGAUACGUCGAGCUUUCCGUCGUGUUUGCGCCUCCUUUCACCGUCCUCCGUCGCCAUCACCAUCCACGCGAAGCCUGGUUCUAAAUCUGCCUCCAUCACCGAUGUGAGCGAUGAAGCGGUGGGCGUUCAGAUCGAUGCUCCGGCCAGAGACGGUGAAGCUAACGCAGCUCUUCUCGAGUACAUGAGCUCUGUAUUGGGGGUGAAAAGAAGACAAGUUUCAUUGGGUUCGGGAUCUAAAUCUCGAGAUAAAGUUGUGAUUGUUGAGGAUAUGACACAAGAAAGCGUUUUCCAAGCUUUGUCCGAAGCAUUAAAAACUACCUAA